AUGUUUAGAAAUAUCACUGCCACUACUUCCAAAAGAUUGGUGGGAUAUACUAGUUGUCUAAAAUCAAGAUACCAGGUUUGCAGAUCGUUGUCUUUGCUGAGCAACAAUCACAAUGCAUACAAAUCGCGUAGCCUGGCAUUCGGAAAGUUACAGCAGGUGAAAUUCUAUAGCCAUGCACCACCUUUGACAAAGGAUAUUAUUCAGGAUAGAAUUGUCGAAUUGCUAGGAUCGUACAGUAAAACAAACAAAGAUGCUAAGAUUGACGGAAGUUCGUCAUUCUCGAAAGAUUUGGGGCUAGAUUCAUUCGACGUGGUGGAAGUUGUCAUGGAAAUCGAGUACGAGUUUUCAAUUAUAAUACCAGAUAAUGACGCAGAUGAAAUCAGGACAGUUGGACAGGCGGUUGACUAUAUUGCCAAGCAACCAGAUGCUUGCUGA